AGCGAAGUGGCGAUAACAAAAGGAGGCGCAAGCAGUUCAGGCACACAGAAACCUGAACCAGUUGUUGACGAAGUUGUGAAAAAACAGUUGGAUGAUUUCGGCAAAUCGAUAGCAAGUUUCCAAAAUACAUCGAAAAGGAGAACGCAAAGAAGGAAAUGAAGGAACGGAAGAAACGAGAGAAGUUGGAACAGCAGCAGCGCGAAGAAGUUGAGCGUCAAGCAAAAGAGGAAGCCCGCAGGGCUAAGGAAAGUCGAGCAGCUAAAAAGCUGGCCAAGAAAAAGAAAGAGGAGGAGGAAAAAAUGGAAUUCGAUAAGGCGAUGCGAUUACAUAUGGCAGUGUGCAUAGGUGGAUUACGAGAGCAGAUGCAAGAGGAGAUGCGAAAGAACAUGGAAGAGUUCCAUAACAUCAUCAAAGGAAAGCAGCAGGCAGCGUCACCCGCAUCAUCGGCAUCACCGGUGUCCUGCUCUAGAGAUUGGGCGACAAGUGUCCUGGACGAGAUCAGUCAGAGGGCCAAGGAGCUAUCUAUCAAGGAGAAGCGUAAACGGAGCCCCGAUAAGGUUAUCGGGAAUAGUCCACCUAUGGAAAUGCCACCGAAGAGAACACCGGGAAAAUCAUGUUGUAAACCGGUAAAAUUGGUUGCUGAUCUGCAAGCUGUGAUGACGAGGAAGACAACGAAGAAGGACAAGCAAGGCGACGAAAGCGGCAGAUCUCCUAAGCGAUAUACACCGAAGAAAGGGACACCUAGAACUAAGAUCGCUGCCAAGGUGGACUCUGCUGGGAAGACGCAAUUUGUCAUGGAUAAUAUGCGUCAGCUUGCUGAUUUUCAUGUUGACGAUCUCAAAAGGCUGUGUCGACACGAGGAAAUUGACUAUGGCAACAAAGUGCUGGCCGUCAUUAACGUGGCGGAAAAAAGAGCCGAAGAAGCAUACGGAGGCGGGAACAAGGAGGCAACUACCGUGGAAGAUACCGAAGAGGAUCAGCAGACACCAUCAUCACAAUCGACAAGCGAGGGCAAGGACGAGAGGAACCAGUUGGAAAGCGGAAGUACGAUGCAUGUCAAGUACCUCAGAAAGUGGAAACCCAAGAGCGGACCAGACAAGAAGACUUUGGUGGCGCUACUGCACAAUCCAAGGAAGAUACACCAGGUUAGCCUAGCGAACGUGGACAGCAUGUUUCGACUGUACAAAGCAGCCAAGGAGUUCCAGCAGAAGUCAACUCGCUCAUAUCUGAGACGUUUGAUUGGGCGAACGAUAAAAGAGAAGACAGGCUGGGUGAUGGGAGCUAAUCUCACCGUCAAAGUGAAGUACAACGAUAGGGUAAGACUGGCUGAGGUUAGGAAGUUCGUUAAUGACAAGAUAGAGGAACUCAAGUUACCGGAAUGUCUUCCUUAUCUUAGGAUAGAGGAACAUGUGAGUUGUCGCUUACAGGAGGUGAAUGGAGUACACCUGAUGGUUUGUAACGCCAACAACGUACCCAAGGCGAGACAUCCGGACCGGGAGAAGCUACUGUGUAGAGAGAUUGAAGUUGCUUUCGGAACGUGGAAGAACGGUGGAGGCGAGGUUGUGCACGUAGCAAUGGAGGAAGCAAGAUCGUGUAUGAUUAGCCGUGAUAUCGAGGAGGAUAACUACUUGGAUAUCGAAGUUGUGAAGCAGACCAAGACCAGAUUCGAAGGUUUAGUGCUCACACCAUUGGACCGUAAUCAAGGCGAGACAUUCGUAAUGUGCCUUCUGGUAUAUUACGAAGCCAUGAUGAGUUCAUUCGUCACCAACCCAGGCUACAAAGUCGUUCUACGACGAGAGGAAGAAGUGAAGCAAGAAGUACAUAUGAAGUUCAAGGAUGAAGGAUUGGCGAAAUUUGCGAGCUUGGGGAACGCGAGAAGCAGAGUGAAUGGACUGCGACUGAUGGAUGACGUUAGUCUCAUCGUCGACAUGGGAGGUAAGCGAGAGAAUGAGUGGGUGGAAGAAAUCUGGAAGGGCUUUGAAACCUGUUACCCAGACAACCUCACUCUGAAGAGGACUGAUGAGGGGAAAGGAAUCUGGGAUUUCCUUGGUUUGGAGAUGCGCACCUACAGGGGACCACCCUAUGUGGGGAGCGUGCAGAUGUGGAAGAAUGAGAAGUCGGUUUGGGAGAAAGAGUGUUUGGAAUUCAAGAGUGGAUAGAACUACAAGUCAUGGGGUAGCAGACAACAAAAGAACGUUGUACUG